AUGCCGUUCGGAGAGUGCACCAUCACGCUUCAGGACGUCACUUAUCAGUUGGGGUUGCCAGUAGAUGGACGUUACGUCAGUGGUUGCCUGACAGACUUCCACGUAUACAUAGAGGGUGGCAGGCCAGCGUGGCAGUGGUUCCAUGAGUUGCUCAGUGUGUUACCUCCCGCGAACCAGAUACAGAAGUUCGCUGUGAACUGCACCUGGUUCCAGGAGACCUUUGGAGAGUGCCCCGAGGGGGCAGAUGAGGAGACGGUCAGGCGCUUUGCCCGUGCCUAUAUCAUGAUGUUGUUGGGCACCCAGCUGUUUGCCGACAAGUCCGGCAAUCGUAUUCACAUCAGAUGGUUACCAUUUGUGGCUCGGCUUGAGGAGAUGGGUGGCUAUAGCUGGGGGUCGGCGGCACUAGCAUGGUUGUAUAGGUGCAUGUGCCGAGUGGCCAAACGACAUGUCGUGAAGUUAGCUGGGCCGUUACAGUUACUUCAGUCUUGGAUCUUUUGGCGGUUUCCUGGUUUUAGGCCUGCUGGGUAUGAUGCGUUUAGCUGGCCCCUUUGUUCAAGGUGGUCAGGAUACAAUCCUGGGAUUAGCAAGAAGGGACCUCGGGUCCAGAUGGCUCAACUGAGGAUUGACUUGUUACAGGCUCGGGAUUUCAUAUGGAUGCCCUACAGCACACCCGACGUCCUCCAGGUUGUCCAUCCGGAGGUCUUGGAGCCUCGGCAUACGAUGCUAUGGCGGUGUGUGACGUCCCUGAUAUAUUUUGCGGUUGUUGAGUGGCAUCAGGUUGAUAGAGUGUUACCGCAGUUCGGCGGCAUAUAG